GAACCGGAACCGCCACAUUCUCUGGUACGAAACCAAGAGCUGAACAAAGAGACGGAGAAGGAGCAGUGAAGAAGACGAAAUGGUAGGCGGAAGCGGCGGUGUAAGAGGAGGAGGAGGAGGAUCGGCGGAUCUUCACUCCGCGGCGAGAUCCGGUGAUUUAGCGGCAGUUCAAUCUAUUGUCAGCUCUAAUCCUUUGGCUGUUAAUUCUAGGGACAAGCUUUCUCGGACUCCACUACACUUGGCAGCAUGGGCAGGCCAAAACGAGGUGGUGAGCUACUUGUGCAAAAACAAAGCCGAUGCUGGCGCUGCAGCAGUAGAUGAUAUGGCUGCGAUUCACUUUGCCUCCCAAAAGGGUCAUCUGGAAGUUGUGCGAACUCUUUUAUCCGUCGGUGUUUCUGUGAAAUCUAUCACUCGCAAGGGGCUUACGCCUCUUCACUAUGCUGCUCAAGGCUCUCACUUUGAACUAGUUAAGUACUUGGUCAAGAAAGGAGCAAAUGUCCGAGCCACGACAAAAGCCGGGAAGAAUCCAGCAGAUGUUGCGGGUAAUGCUGAAACACAAAACUUCCUUGAAGAAUGUGAAGAGCAAGCGAGGAAAGCUAAGAAGAGCAAUGAGGAGAAGAGAGAAGAAGUGAAACCAGUGAGUUGUGAUGUUGAAGGAGAAAACAAGGAUUUGAAAAGAAAGGAUCCCGAGGAUGGGAACGUGGAGGAGGAGAAAGAAGAAACUUCUUCGAAAGCGAAAAAGCCAAAAGUUGCUCUGCAUCAUCUUCAGGACACUGAUGACACAGAAGCUGAUCAAGAAGAAGAAACUGAGGAACCAAACAUUGUAACUUCAACUAAUCCAUCACAAGUAUCUACUUAAAAAGCGUUGUAAUAUCCAACAUAUGAGAUAAAUCAGAUUUUCACCAAAACUUUUGUUUGCUUCUGAGAUCCGUAAACGUUUGUAGAAGAAUCCAUCAGUUUUCAUGAAAGAAAGGGUAACAGAUUGUUUUCAGCUGUUCAACCAAUCCUUAAA